AUGAGCUUCAAGAACUAUAUGGUCCAUGUUUACCACAGCCUUGGCCAUCCUCACCACCACGAAACCCGGAGGGAUGGAUCAAUAAUCGACCCAUUCGGUCACCACGAUAGCUACCAUCAGGCGAGUCUGCGAAUUGCCCAAGAAAGAGAUGUGAGCCUGGCCCUGAAGCGCCUAGGUAGGGGAGCUGAAAAUAGCCAAGCCGCCUUCGUGACCCCCGAGGCAAGCCCGUCUGAGAAAGGCGUCACUAAACAACUAGAACCAAAGCUCAAGUCCCAAAGUCAUUCAAGCGCUCCUGUAUGUAUACAGCCGCCAGAUGGCUCUUACAAGUCAGUGGAGGCCGUCCCAAAAGGAACUCGGGAACUUAAGUUGAUCUUGGAAGACAAACCUCAACUCGAAAAAGAAGACACCAGUCGGCGGGACGGGGUCAGGAGAUCGAACAAGCACGAAUGGAGAACUAGUCGUCACCUGAGCAAGCUUCCGAGAGACUCUAGCGGUGGAGAGGACUGGGUGACUGAGGAAGUUAGCGAGGCCGACUCGAAUUUGCCGGGGCCUUUCGGCACUCGUGGUGUUUUUAAGACCACGGGAAGCAGUAUUGCAGACUUUUCCGAUGACGACGAGGGGAAGCUGCCCAGCCAGCCCCGGUCGCGCCACCGUAUUUUUGCCCGAAACCAGUCGGAAUCUUACGAAUUACAGGAUCUCGAGGGUGCAAAGCAACACCCACUUCCGAAAACGAGAGGCAACCGAGGUGUUGCUGGAUCUUCGGAACACGCGAAUGCCUUCUUCUCCAGCGGCGCCAAGGACAAUAGCGCUGAUGACCAGGCACGGCCUGCCCUUCCUCGAAUGUGGUCGAACCCCUUUGUGAGAAAUAACAGCUAUAGGCGGGCGGAUUCAUCGGGGAAUUUUGUUCUCAAAAUCGGUCGAAAUAAACCCACCAGAUACGAAUUCAGGGAUUCGGAAUCAGAUUACAGCCUUGAUAUUCGUAGGCAUUUGGCUACUCUGAGCCACCAAUCUGUCGGCGGAUCUAGACCAAAGUCGAACGUCAAACAGCGCGGCGAUGCCAGUCGGGAAAGUUCAGGAGAUUUACGAGAUAUUAUGAGCAGAUCGGAUACCGGUUCGAUGGACGGCCAGCCGGCAGCAUGUAAUAGCUCGUCAGAGCACGAGCAGGUGGCACAUCAGGAGCAACACGACGGACGUCUUGUGGAUGAGGCGUAUCCAAUCCAAUACAAUAACUGGCGGCAUAGGUCAGCCGACGGGGAGCUCCGGAUGGCCUCCGGCAGUACUGAAUCAUCCUUCAACCGGGAGCUCAUCCCGUCAAAGCCAAAGUUUGAAUUUGAACUGCUACCACUAGAUGAGGCACAGCGCAAGCACAAACCAAAGUCCCAGGAGCUAAGACGGUCCAGACGUAUACUAUUCCCUCUCACACCACACAACUGCGGACUUACCUCGAGUCAGAUAGAUUUGCGCCAGCUCCCAGAGUCAGCGAGCCGCCGAAGUAUCAUUGAAGCCAUCGAAUCCAGCGUCUCGGAGAGUUCCCGUCGCCGACGGAAGUAUUGGUUCUACACGAUGUUGAUCUUGUCUUUACUACUUCCUUUUUUUGCGAUCCCCGUGCUUGUGGGAACCUUCAAUGAGUCUCUGGUUUGGUUCACGGGCGGCGAAGUGCGCCAGCUGACGAUGCGGCAAAGGCACAUCAUCAAAUAUGUGUUCCUGGCCGAGUUUUUCAUAUACUCAGUCGUGGUGGUUUGCGUAAUCGGAUAUUUUGCCAAUCGGCACUGA